CUUCUCCUCUAACUCUGCUGCUUCACCACGUUAUUACUAUUUUCCUCAUCUUUCGUCUUGUGUUCGUGUAACGAGACCACCGCUACCUAUAAUAACUAAUCAUGGUUCAGGCCAAGUCAUGGAUCCUCGUCAAGCACUUUGAUGGGUUCCCAAAGGAAGGUGACUUCGAACUGAAGGUGGGAGAACUCCCAGAGCCCAAGGAUGGAGAAGUCCUUCUGGAAGCAGUUUUUCUCAGCGUGGAUCCUUACAUGAGGCCGUUCAGCCGGGUUCGCAUGAAGGAAGGGGAUGUGAUGAUUGGCACUCAAGUGGCGAAAGUGAUCCAAAGUAAAAACCCAGCAUUUCCUGUGGGGACCCAUGUUGUGGCUCGUAGCGGCUGGAGAACCCACGCAAUCAGUGACGGAGCAGACCUCAUUCCCGUCAUGCCUGAUUGGCCUCAAGACAUCUCUUUGUCACUGGCUCUUGGUGCCAUCGGGAUGCCAGGAUUGACGGCUCUGUAUGGGAUAGAAGAGGUUUUGGGACUGCAGAAGGGCGAGACCCUGCUGGUGAAUGCUGCAGCUGGAGCCGUGGGCUCUGUGGUGGGACAGAUCGCCAAGAUUAAGGGCUGCAAGGUGGUGGGUUCAGCAGGGUCUGAUGCCAAAGUGGCCUACCUCAAAGGGCUGGGAUUUGAUGAAGCCUUCAACUACAAGAAGGUUACUUCCCUGGAAGAAGCACUGAGGAAGGCCUCUCCUGACGGAUACGACUGUCUCUUCGAAAAUGUUGGGGGUUAUUUUUCAACUGUAGCUCUGCAACAGAUGAAAUCCUUUGGAAGAAUAGCUGUGUGUGGAAGUAUCUCUACAUACAAUGAUGCUUCACCACAGACAGGGCCGUACCCACACCUGACCAUAAUCUUCAAGCAGCUUAAGAUGGAGGGAUUCAUGCAAAGCAGGUGGGAACACAAACAUCCCGAGAGCCUCAAGAGACUGAUGGCGUGGUUGAAAGAGGGGAAACUUAAGUAUUCGGAGCACAUCACAAACGGCUUUGAAAAGAUGCCAGCUGCUUUCAUGGGGAUGCUGCAAGGAGAAAACAUUGGCAAGGCCGUUAUCGCAGUCUAAUGUGUUUUCCAGUAAAUGGCAUUAUUACAGCGCCGAUGAAUGAAGGACAAUGCAACAUCCAUACAACUAUCCACGUGCAAUCAUAUAACACACAUCAGUGUUGAAUUCUAAGUGAAAGCAGCAAUGACGUGUUGACUUUCACAGUUUACUCGUUAAGUGUUAAGUGCACCACUUCAAGAGUUAAAUUGGAGCUUGGUGGUCUCUGAAAGGUUUGAAACUGGUUUGUCAACUAAAACAUAAUUUAGUCACGGUUAAGCCUGUUAUGGUAUUAAUUAUAAUCACACUGAACUUUGCAGUUCCAGAUACAUUGAAUUUUGUAUUUGGAUUCCUUUCUUUUUCUUCUCUUCCUAAUAAUCAUCCUUACCAUUAACUUUACUGAUAAUUAAAGAUGAUGUGUACAACACUGACUGGGUGAAAGGUGUGCAUCUACUUCUUUUGUAUUUAUACAGGACACACUUAAAUUGACUGAUUUUUAUAUUUACUGUAUUUACUUUUGUAUCAAUAAAGACAUUUCUCUUC